CGAAGCCUUGGAAUGGAGGCGCCAACAACAACAACAACAAUGUUAUGGGCGCAACGGUGGUUAUUCCUCCUGCAACCAGCGUCCAUGAGUUGCUUGAAUGUCCCGUUUGCACCAAUUCAAUGUAUCCCCCAAUUCAUCAGAUUUCUUGCAGUGCCAUAAUGGGCAUACAUUAAACAAGGGUGCACAAUCGGUGUCCCACUUGUCACUUGUAGACAAGAGCUUGGAGAUAUUAGGUGUCUGGCGCUGGAAAAGGUGGCUGAAUCACUUUAGUUGCCUUGCAAGUACUACUCCCUCGGAUGUCCAGAAAUAUUUCCAUACUACAGCAAGCUGAAGCAUGAGACAGAAUGCAAUUUCAGACCAUACAAUUGUCCUUAUGCUGGAUCAGAGUGCUCUGUUGCUGCGAACAUUCCUUUCCUUGUUGCACAUCUGCACAGGAUGCAUAUUCAACCACCGCUAUGUAAAAUCAAAUCCCCGUGAAGUUGAGAAUGCAACAUGGAUGCUCAUGCCACGCACAACACUAGUUAUGGACACGCCGGAGAGGAACCAGAUCAACCCUCCCUUCUCUCGUGUCGAGGAUUCCCCUGUAUUCAGUUUUAUCAACAGUUUGUCGCCUAUAAAGCCCGUGAAGUCUGCCCAGAUUGGUCAAACAUUUAGCUCGCUUAGCUUUCCUUCCCCUCCGCGUGCUUUUACUUCAUCCAAUCUCACCUGUUUCAAGGAAUCAAAAGUUCUCAGGAGGCAUAACCCUUUUGGGGCAUCAAGGCCUGGGUUGUCAUCUGAAGAUGGUAAUAAAUUUCAGACAAGUGAAGAGGCUAUUGCAGAUUCAUUUCAUCCAUAUCAUAACUCGAGGGAAUCUCAGGGAAAUUUUCAUGAUGGAAUAUCUGUAGUUGAUGAUUCGAUUGCUCUACCUGGUGAGCACACAGACUUCUCAGCUGAGAUACUGCAGGCCUUAAAUUAUAAUAAUUGUGGUAACCCUGGCUCUGAUCCUGGUCAUGAGGCUAACUCUCUUGAAGUGUUUAAUCAGGGGUUGUGUCAAUUUGAUCCGAAGGGCCAAGAAUCAGAGUGUAAUUGGGAUAAUUUAAUCUCUGGAGAUACUGAUUUCUUCGUUUUCAAUUCCCCAAAUGACGCAGCUUUUAAGGGUAUAAUGCAGAAACCAGAUUCUCAUUUUAUGUCUCUGGUACUGGAAUCUUCCAUAUAUAAUGGUCUGAGAGAUAGCAAACUUAAAAUAGAAGAUUAUCGUCCUGAGCCCUUAGCAAUCAUAGACCAAAUGCAGGACAAACAUUGCCUUGCCAUGACUAGCAAAACAAAAGAAAAACCAAAUGUUGAGGUUGUUUCUGUAAUGAACUGUGGUACACGGAGGCGAUGUCUAGACUUUGAGACUGACAGUGUGCAAAGGAAGAACUCAGAUGAUAAUUUAAAAUCCGGUUCUCUUGGAUAUGAAAAACAACUGGUUUCUGCAAAACGCAAAAGCAGUUCACAGCAAUGCAUUAUGCCUGCAGUUGGCUUACAUUUGAAUGCACCCGACAAAGAAGUCAUAAGUAAUGAUGAGUCGUCUUGCGGAAUUCAUCUUAAUCUUCCCAGUUGCACUUCCGUGCAAAUCUAUACCAGCUAUGAACAUCAGGAACCACUAGCAAUAGAAGUGGAUUCAUCAAACAUUGGGCCUCAGCCAGCUAAGGAUAAUUCUCAUGCAUUAGAUUCCACUGUUAAUGAUGUCAGUCAGAAUAGUCCCAAAAAGAAAAGACAUGGAGACUGCAAGCGUUGCAAGUGCAAGAAAUCAAAGUGUUUGAAGUUAUAUUGUGAGUGCUUUGCUGCUCGUGACUACUGCACAGGCAACUGCUCAUGUAAGGAUUGCUGCAACAAACUUGUUCAUAAAGACAAAGUCAUUCAAGCUCACAAGCAGAUCGAGUCUCGCAAUCCUCUGGCUUUUGCUCCUAAAGUCAUUCCUGAACCUGAAAUUGGGAAUGAUCCAAAUAAAACUCCAGCACCAGCACGACACAAGAGGGGAUGCAACUGCAAACAAUCAGUCUGCAUAAAGAAAUACUGUGAAUGCUUUCAGGCUGGUGUUGGAUGCUCUUUAAGCUGUAGAUGUGAAGGGUGUAAGAACACAUUUGGUAGAAAGGAGGGUGAGUUGUCCCUUCUUUUGCAAAUUAAAUACCCAUCAGAAUCUAACUAUUUUAUUGUUUCAGGCGCUAAUUCUAUGGGAGUAGAAGCCCAGCUAGAAGUAGAAACAGAGGCCUGUGGAAAAGUUGUUGAAAAAGCAUCACAGAUAAUUGAAGUUCAGAACUCCGAUAAUCAUCCAGAUUUUAUUCCAAUCUCUACGCCAUUCCCUCUGUUUAGUUCAUUGUCAGAGGUGAAACCAAACACUCGUUGGUCUCAGCCACCUAAGCAUUCUCAAGCUGUUUCGGACCAGGAAAUGACAGAUGUUCUUGGAGGCCGAGGCAGAAGUGAUAGGUCUCCCAUGACCAUCAAAACUUCUUCUCCAAGUGGGAAGAGGAUUUCCACUUCUAAGGGUGAAUUGACAAUUUCUUUUCCUUCUCCUAAUCAUCAUCGUUAGCAGUGCUACAUUUUUUUAAUUAAUAGUCAAUAGUUAUUAGUUAGGUCUUUGUCCGUUUCAGUUAGGUUAAUAGUUUGUAGCUUUAGGCAUAUAGAUGUUAUGGUUUAGGUUUAAGUAUAUUUUAGCUUUAGUUUUAUUUUAUUUGAGUUCCUUCAAUUAUUUAGUAUUUAUUUGAGUAAUGGUUAUAAUCUUUAUAAUCAUUCUAGUAAAUAAUCUCUAGAGGUCUUUGUUAGAGAAAUUAUAAUUCUAUUUAUUUUUUCUGAAUCAGUGUUUAUAUAUAUAUAAUGGUUAUAAUCUUUAUAAUCA